AUGACACUUUCCACUUUUGUGCCUGCUCUUUCUCUUUUUAGUCCUUGGAUAGCUAACGUGCAUGCUUUAAGACCCACGCCCCCUCUCCACCAGCUGGAUUCUAGUCAUAUUCCAGAGAGUUAUCACAAACAACGCAUCUUAAACUAUAUCAAUAAUAUCAAUCCCGCUCACUGGCCUGAAAUUGACAUAACAACCCCUUCGUCUUCUCCUUCAUUCCCACUCACGAAUAUGGGUCGCCCAAUGACUUCCACAGUCGCCACCAAAACGAGGAACCUCACUUAUGCGGAUGGAGUUGCAUAUGGAGAAGCCCUCUUACGCCGUAAUAUUAGCCUCGAGCAGGAAAUCCCUCCGUCAUACGCGGAACGCAAACCAGACUACGAGUUACCCUCUACGUUGACAGCACCCACAGAAGUCAAAUAUUCUCUUGAACAUGCACACUUGAAUAGGAAUCGUGCUGUCGGUCUGGCUGCUUUUAGCUUAUCUAUGCCAUUCUUUGUCACUGAAUGGCUCAUUCAUAUGUCGGAGUUGAACUAUCACGUAUCAAUGCAUUUCAAAACCGAGCCUCUUGAAACGCGACAGACAGUACUACGACCUCUCAGUAUACCAGACCCGGACAUCAUCAUUGGCUAUAAGUGGAAUUCGAUACGUGGAGAUUAUAGACUUGCUUUCAACAUCUUGCCAGACAGUCUCAAGUUCGCGUUCCCUAUAGCCGGGGAUGCAAAUUUUGCUCUUCCCUUCUUUUCCAUCGAGAUGAGAAUCGACGCAGAGCAAGGCCCUCGCCGGAACCUCCACAUGGCCGCCUUAAUGCUCAGAGCUCUGCGAAAUCUCUACCAAAAGGCCUGCGGAAAAAACGACGAAGCCGACAAGUUCGACGGGAAGGUACGAGUACUUACGGCUACGAUCAAUCGCAGCGAAGUGAACGUUUUCGGACACUGGACGAGCAGCCGCCCAGGAGAUCCGAACGUUACUUACGAGCACUUUCUUAUUAGAAGGUGGUGCUUAAAAGAAAUGGAAGAGUUAUAUGCGGCACGACAUGGUUUAGAGACGCUCUGCAAGUGGAUGAUGAACGAAAACCGCAAGUGGAUUGUUUCUGGCUUACAAGAAGUGGCCAAGACUUGA